UUUCAUUUGAAAAAAAAGUUUUUUCAAGUGGCUGUGUUUUCAAAGAAGUUUUUCUGUUUAAAUUGUUUAUUUAUUUAAUUAUAAAUAGUGCGAAAAAUUCAUGUAUCCCACCAUUUGAAAUUUAGUUUCUUUGCUUAAGCCUCGCCAUUCAAAGCAAUAUUUUAUUUAACGAACAAAUAAUACAUUAAAAUUGUGUGGAGCUGGCAGCUUUUAUCUCAUCAGGCUGGAAGUCUUCAAAACGAAAAAAUAUGGAACAUUAAAAUAAAAGAAAAAAAAAAAAGAAAAUAUUUCAGGAAACAAAAGAAUAACUAUGAAUUGUUUUAGUGCCAUAAGUGUACCCACUUUGGGUGAAAUGGAACAAACCAUUUGCAUGCUCGAGCGCGGAACUAUCGUAACGAAGCUCUUCUCCAAACAUCGCCCAGAGCAAAAGAAACUGAUACUUGUGCGUGAAACCAGGCAGUUAUUAUGGUCACCUGUAAAUUCCAACACUCGUACUGACUUCGAGGGUUCAUUGGAUCUGCGAGAAAUGAAAGAAAUUCGAGUUGGAAAGAAUUCGAAGGAGUUUCGCAAUUUUGCCGAGGAGACCAAGAAAUUCGAAACUACCAAGUGCUUUGUCGUUCUCUAUGGAAGCUCCUUUAAGCUAAAGACCUUCUCAAUUGUCGCCCUCUCCGAACAAGAAUGCGAGAACUGGGUGCGAGGCCUCAAAUACAUGGUCCAGGACACCAUCAUGGCUCCCUAUCCAAUGCAAGUCGAACGCUGGCUUCGAAGGGAAUACUAUGCAAUCGAAAAUGCCAAUCAGCACUCGAAGGAGGGCGUCAAUGUCACGGUGAAGGAUUUCAAAGCGUUUUUGGCCGGAGUCAGUUGCAAGAUGACCACUGGAAAGCUAAUGGAGUUCUUCUCCGAGGAAGAUAUCCGCCGCAAGUGUGAUUUGCGCUUUGAUGACUUCUCUCGCUUGUAUUGCCGCCUUCUGGUGCCGUCGACAUUCGUAGCUGAUUGUUUUCUCGAAAAUCCGUGCAAAUAUUCCAGUGAUUCUGAGACUGUGACACUGCGAGAGUUCAAGAAAUUCCUGCUCGCCGAGCAGCAAGACCCAAUGGGCCACGACGAUAUAUUGGCUUCUAACUUUGUCCGUGAUUUCAUCCAAGACAUCGAACGUGACGUCCAGGAGCCGUAUUUCACAAUAUUCGAGUUUCUCGAUUUCCUCUUUUCCAAACAGAAUGACUUGUGGGAUAGGAACCGCGACAAGAUUUACAUGGACAUGAAGCAAUCCAUGUCCAAUUACUGGAUUGCUUCGUCACACAAUACCUAUCUCACUGGUGACCAGUUUUCCAGUGAAUCAUCGACCGAAGCUUAUGCAAGAGCUCUUCGCAUGGGAUGUCGUUGCAUUGAACUAGACUGCUGGAAUGGCCCAGACAAUCUGCCAUACAUCUUCCAUGGCCACACCAUGACAUCGAAGAUAAAAUUCAAAGAUGUUAUCAAAACAAUCAAGGAACACGCUUUUGUUACCUCGGAGUACCCAGUGAUUCUAUCGAUUGAACAGAACUGUUCCCUUGAACAACAGCGUAAUAUGGCACAAGCACUAACUGAGGUGUUUGGAGAUAUGUUGCUGACCCAACGCUGUGAUCGGCUUGAGACUCAAAUGCCAUCGCCAUACCAACUGCGGCGAAAGAUAAUUCUUAAGCACAAGAAACUUCCCGAGUAUGAGGACGGGUCGAGUUUGAGCAGUGUCGGAGGAGGCUCGGGGGUUUCUCUCCGCUCUCAGGAUGACAAUGAAAACACCCGAAACGUUAUCAAAGAGGGCAUGCUUUACUACAAGGAUCCGGUGGACAAAUCCUGGAAUAUAUAUCAUAUUGUUUUGACCCAACAGGAACUUAUCUAUUCAUCCGAAAUCGAUGAGAAUCGCGACGAGGAACACGAACACUCGUCGUCGUCAUUAAUGCCAAAGCCCAAAGAAAACCUAGUGAACGAUGAACUGCAUUUCGGGGAGAAUUGGUUCCAUGGUAAGUUGGAGGGGGGACGUCAAGAGGCAGACGCAUUGCUUGAUGCCUACAAGCACCUUGGCGAUGGAACAUUCCUGGUCCGUGAGUCGGCUACAUUUGUGGGAGACUAUAGUCUUUCAUUUUGGCGUCGCAAUCGCCCCAAUCAUUGUCGCAUAAAGCUGAAGCACGAAAACGGCAUGACGAAGUACUAUUUGGUCGAUAACUUUAUUUUCGACAGCUUAUACAGCCUGAUUGUGUAUUACCGCAAGAAUAUGCUGCGCAGUUCGGAGUUCUCUAUCACUCUCAAGGAACCAGUUCCACAACCAAAGAAACACGAGACCCAAGAGUGGUUUCACCCGAAUACCACCAAAGAACAAGCCGAGCAGGUACUCACAAAAUUGGACGUGGGGUCUUUUCUUGUUCGCAAUAGUGUGCAGAAUGCCAAUGCCUUUGUGAUCUCGUUCACCAUUACCAGAAAAGUGAAGCACUGUCGUAUACUGCAGGAGGGGCGGCUUUACGUCGUCGACACCACGCAGUUCGAGAGCCUGGUUAGCCUAGUAAACUACUUCACCCGAAACCCUCUCUACAGGAACGUUAAACUGCUGUAUCCGGUUUCGCAGGAACUUUUAAAGCAGAAACUGCUAGCUUGUCAAGUGUCACUGGUAAACGAAAGUAAUGGAAGUGAUUUCAACGAUGCGUUCAGUUAUAUGGAUCCCAGUUUGGACGACCGUGUCACAUGCAAGGCUCUCUAUUGCUACAAGGCCGACAAACCUGACGAAUUGUCAUUCCCAAAACAUGCAAUCAUAACAAAUGUCCAACGGAAUAAUACUAUGUGGUGGAGGGGAGACUACGGUGGUAUGAUUCAACGUCAUUUGCCGGCAAACUACGUCAAAGUGAUCGAUGCUUCGAGUGACGAAUACAAUUGUUUUGUAGGCGAUGAAUGUAGUACAAAUGAGAGCUUCUCGCGAACUGAUUCGAUUGAGAUUCAUGGAGCCAUUGCAAAUCUGUAUGAGUCCAAUGAGGAGGGCAUCCUCGUGAAGAUGCACAUUCAGACACCCACCAUGCAAAAUGCCCUUGUAAUUGGAUUUGAUAACCAGGAACAGGCAGUUGAUUGGAUCAAGGCCAUUCAGGAGGCAGCCCAAAUUGCAAAUCAACUGGCUACGGAGCGGAGGAAGAAAGAGCGCAGUGCACGAGUGGCUAAGGAAAUGUCAGACCUCAUCAUCUACUUCAGAAGUGUGCCCUUCAAAGAGCACGGUUGGGUGUUCUAUGAAAUGUCCAGUUUUCCAGAGACAAAAGCCGAAAAACAAUUCCUCCAGCAAAACCUGCAACUGUUCCUGGCAUAUCAUCGGAAUCAGAUAAGUCGAGUAUAUCCCAAGGGCCAGCGCUUGGACUCUUCGAAUUUCAAUCCUGUGCCAUUUUGGAAUGUCGGCUCCCAAAUGAUUGCCCUAAACUACCAGACCGGCGACAAAGCCAUGCAAAUGAAUCAGGCCAAAUUCCGCGAUAACGGCAAUUGUGGUUAUCUCCUAAAGCCGAAAUUCAUGUGUGUGGAUAAUUUCGAUCCCAAUAACCCACUGUCCAUCAGUCCGGCGGAGGAGAAAAUCAUAACUAUUCGAAUAAUAGGUGGGCGACAUUUGUUUCGAGGCGGCAAGAGCAACAAUCCUUUGGUUGUUGUAGAGAUUAUCGGUGCAAGCUUCGACUCUGGCAUCAAGCAUAAGACUAAAGUCAAUGACAACGGAUACAAUCCGGUCUGGAAUGAGAUAUGUGAAUUCUCUGUUCGCAAUCCGCAUUUUGCAUUAUUGCGUUUCGAGGUGCAAGAUGAGGAUAUGUUUGCCGAAACCCAUUUCAUAGCACAAGCUGUGUAUCCUGUCAAUUGCAUACGAACUGGUUAUAGAAGUGUUAUUUUAAGGAAUAAGUUUAGUGAAGAACUCGAACUUUCAUCGCUUCUAAUACACAUAUCUGUUAUAAAUGGCAGCUCCUUGAGGGGUAUUUAAGUAUUGAGCUUAAAUUACUACAUAAAUAGUAUAUACCAAAUGACCAAAACCAACCGAUCAAAAAUUAUUUUCCUAACACAAUGAGUAUACCUAGGAUCUUCUACACUUAACAGUAUAUAUGCAUUUGUUUGUUUUGUUCGUUCGUAAAUAAUCUCUUGUUAAGUAAAUAUGUUAAAUCAUAAAAAAAGAAAAAAAAA